AUGCUCCAGGAGAUCGAAGAGACAAAGUACUGCGAUGGAUUUCUUCUUCCGACCAAGUCGCAGAUUAUCAUCAAAGGGCUUGCGAGCAGCGUGAGCCACACACAGGCAACUGGUUCAUCGAGAGCGAUCGAUAUAGAUCCUGGAAAGACGGUCCAGGAUCCUUCUGCUGGCUUUAUGGGAUUCCAGGAUGUGGGAAGACAGUCUUAUGACUUCAAAUAUGUCGCAUACUACUACUUUAGCUUCAAGGAUGCGGCACGACAAAACGCAAAGUCAAUGCUCCGAUCCCUGAUGCUUCAGGUCCUUUGUCAGCAGUCAAGUGUGCCUGAAGCUGUCUUGGAUAUUUAUGACGGCCAUGAGCACGAGCAACCUUCACAAGAGGCACUACUCAAGGCUUUCAAAGCUAUCAUUGCCAAAUCUGGACAAUUCUACAUUAUCUUAGACGCCCUUGACGAAUGUCCGUCCGGCAACGAAGAACGCGCCAAGCUUCUUUCAAUGCUCACAUCUUUCAAGAAAUUCGAUUUGCCCACCUUGCACAUCCUCGUUACAAGCCGCAAGGAACUGGACCUGAUCGAUCUUGAGGACCUGGUGACAGAUCCCCCAGUUAGCAUUCAAAAUAAAGAUGUCAACAAUGACAUUCUGUUGCACGUUCGAAUGCAGCUACGUAGCAAUCCCAAAUUGUGUGGUUGGCCAAAAGAGAUCAAAGAUGAGAUUGAAAGUAAAUUGGCAGGAGGCUCGCACGGCAUGUUCAGGUGGGCGUCUUGUCAGCUAGAACUCUUGAGAAAAUGCCUCCGGGCCAGCACCGUAAAACAGACACUUCAAACUUUACCUCGAACAUUAGACGAUACCUACGAUCGAAUUCUACUAAAUAUUGACCAAACGUAUCGUAAGGAAGCCAUAUUGGCCCUCAUGUGGCUGCUUUACUCAGAAAGACCGCUUUCAUUGAGACAGCUUGCGGAAGCAAUGGUCAUAGACAAUUCAGCUGAGCCAGCUUUUAGCCCGGAUGAUAGAUUUUUCAGCCCAGAGAGCGCUCUUAAUAUUCUAUCAAGCCUGGUCUCAUUCACGCGAUCAACGCGUUCCCGGGGACCAUUGUUGGAAAUCCACCUUGCACACUACUCGGUCAAAGAAUAUCUGACAUCUGCAAGAGUAUCGGAGGGACCAGCAGCAUGCUUCGGAAUACGUCACGCCGUAGCGCAAGAGCAAAUAGUCCGAGGCUGCUUACACUACCUUCGAUGCUGCGUCCCGAGCGAUGCUCUUGCUGCCAUGUCGAUUGAGUCUGAGGAACCCUUAGAUGCUCCUCUCUACCUAUACGCUGCCCGUACUUGGUUCGUUCAUGCCAAGAAAUGCGGUGAGUGCAUCACAGAGGGCACCACGGAGAUGAUCAUCAACAUACUUGAAGAGCCAAGUAUUUGGAGUCCUUACUACAACCCUGAAGCAUUAGGCCUGAUCAGAAACCAUUCUUUUGGAGAUUUUGACCGUUAUAGACCUUGUGAAGAGGAGCCGAAACCUUCCAAGUCACACUCGGCACUUUACUACGCGGCGUGUCUUGGAAUCAAUGAAGUUGUUCGAUAUUUGCUCAGACAUGGUGCAGUAGUCGAUGAAGAGUUUGGACGGUUUGGAAAUGCACUACAGGCCGCGUCGUUGAAGGGACAUAUGCCUGUCGUAAUAACAUUGGUUCAAGGUGGAGCAAACGUCAACCUACAAGGAGGCUUAUUCGAAAGCGCUAUAAAUGCAGCUUGCUUUGGAGGAUAUGCCGAGAUCGUGAAAUAUUUGAUCGAGAGAGGUGCGCGCGUCGACUGUGAAGGCUUUCUGGGAAGCCCGCUCGAUACCUUAAGCAGAUCACAAAAUCCAAGCUGGGAGAUACUAACCACGCUGUUACAAAAAGGUGCUCUUUCGUUUGCAAAGGAAAAAACCAAAAGCUGGCUUAUGAGGUGGGCCGCAAUUUCAGGCCAAGAGGAAGUCGUAAGGCUCCUCAUCGACAAGAUGGACAUUUCAAAAAAGACCUCGUUCAAGUUCACUAUUAAUGUUGCUCGGAUUGGUGAUCAUAGGUCGUACCAGCCCAAGGUUUCUGCACCAUAUGAAGCAGUCUUCCGACGACAUGAGGCAGUCGUUAAGCUCCUGGUCGAGAAAUGGAGUAACAUAGGCGAACAAGACUCGGAAGGGCGAACCGCGUUAUAUUGGGCAUGUUUUCUACAGUGUAAUGGUAUCGUACAGAUGCUCUUGGAUCAUGGGGCCGAUGUCCAUCGACCUGGCCCCAAUCAGUGGGUGGGUCGAUAUUGGGCGGCGCUAUUUGAUAAUCAGGAAACAUUGAGGCUGCUCAACCGUGUGUGCGAUCCGUCAUCUUGUGCUAGAUGUACAGCCGCAGAAUCGAAUGCAAAGGCCGAAAAUGAAAGUAUCCUGGAUUCAGUACUCACCAUAUGGCAUUGCAUGGAAGAGACAAGCAAGACAAUCAAUAAUGACGUUGUCCCUGAUGACAAGUAUCCAAAGCCCCAUCUCAGGUUUAAUUGA